AUGGUAUUAUCACAACAACAACAACAACUAUCCGCAUCAAACGAUCAAAUCCAAGAAUGUUUCUCAAUCUUUGACAAGGAUAAUGAUGGUAAGGUUGCCAUUGAAGAGUUGGGCAGCUGUUUGCGUUCACUCGGAAAGAACCCAACCAACGCUGAACUCGAAGCAAUCAAGACUGAGCUCAACGCCGCCUCUUUUGACUUUGCCACCCUCAAGUCUGUCUACACCACCAAAAAGAUCAAGUCUCCAUCCGAACAAGUAAAGGAAAUGAACGACGCCUUCAAGGCCCUCGACAAGGACGGCAACGGUACCAUUGGUGACGCUGAAUUGAGACAAUUACUCACCACUUUGGGUGACUAUCUCACCACCGCCGAAGUUGAAGAAGUCAUGAAGGAAGUCGAAACCAACUCUGACGGUACCGUCAACUUCCAAUCUUUUAUCGAAAUGAUUGCCAAUGGUUACCCACUCUCUUCCUUCUAA